GUCAGGAGCGGUUUGGCAACAUGACAAGAGUGUACUACAGGGAGGCAGUGGGAGCAUUUAUAGUGUUUGAUGUAUCCAGGGCAUCAACAUUUGAAGCAGUUUCAAAAUGGAAGAAUGAUCUUGACAGUAAAGUGAGGCUGCAGAAUGGCAACCCAGUGCCUGCCAUCUUAUUGGCAAACAAAUGUGACCAGACAAAGGAGGGACUUAGCAAUACAUUGCCCAAGCUGGAUCAGUACUGCAAAGAAAACGGUUUUAUUGGCUGGUUUGAGACCUCAGCAAAGGAUAAUAUCCAUAUUGAGGAAUCGGCUCGCCUCCUGGUAGAGAACAUCCUCAGUGCUGAAACUGAUGAUGUAGCUCCUGCAGACCCUGACAUUAUUACAUCCCAACAGCUCUCACUGCAAAAUAAUAAUGCCAGCUGUUCUGCCUGCACAAAGUAAAAGACAGUAAUGGAUCUCUGACACCUUUUUGGAAGGAAGGAGAAUAGGGGUGCACUCCGUGGGUGAAGAAUAAGGUCAAAAGAUAUUGUCUUUCAAGGUUGGGAGCUGGAGAAGUGACUGCUGCACGUGCUUAAUGACUUGUGCCUGAUCUGAGAUGCUAGAUUUAUGGUGACCAUUCUACCUCUGAAAGAAAUUGUUAUCAAGACUUGUUGAGUUAUUUUCUUGUCAUUGUCCUUUUUCUUCCUCCCUCUCUUUUUUCUGCCACCACCACCACCCCUCAAUAUUGAAACUCCCUUUUUUUACUUUUUGUUUAAAAACUAGUCCCUUUUUUUCUAGAGUUCUGGUUAAACAUUCAACCAGCCAGGUCUUAAACUCCAGAUGAUAGAAGCAUUGAUUUUAUAAAUGAAUAAUUUUGGAUUUUCCUGACUCCAGAAGGGUACAGUUCUACAUAGUGUCCAGCUGUCUGGUCAGAGUUUCAGGCUUCACUUGACACCCUCUUUAGGGGAAGGAUGUAGGUAAAGACAAGUGACUUUCCACUACAUCUUGGCCAUAUUUAUUUAUUUUUGCUCUAUCUUCCCUAAGUUUUUAAUCCAGACUCCUCCUCCUCCUCCACUUGUACUUAGUGAUAUUUCUCUGGAUGCCCACUUUUCUUCCCCCCCCCCCCCCCCUCAAAGUGAUGGGCAGACUAGUGGUGAGUACCAAAUCUGGAUGGGUUCACUCAUGAAAAUAGGGACUAUAUCUCCUAUAACAUUAGUGGCAACCAUACCUCUAUAUGAUCCACUUUCCCUAUAAAUAACUACAGGCUGUUGCAAUUGAAUUAUUACUUCCUUGCAGUAAAUUGAACAAUGCUCUAAGCUUCUAAAAUUAGCAAAAUCACCCAGUUCCACACAAACAAGCACUUUCCUACAUGGUGACUUGGAUUAUAGUGAACUGUUCAGUGACAGGAAUAACUUUUUUUAGUUGGGGGGAGGGGGACAAUGGUGUGAAGAAAUGCACCUUGGCUACUGUUUUUAGUCCCAACUGCUGUGCUGAACUGCAGCUUUUUUGCAUAUUGUGAUCAAUGGGUAGACUGAGUGUGUCUGUAUCACUUUAUAUAUAAUCUUCCCAUUUUGGACAUUCUUUGCCAUGUUUGUUCAUUCCUCCCUUUAAUUCAGAGUAAUAAUGGCAUUUAGUAGAAUUUUGUGCCUGAAAUGUCUUGUUAAACAAGUGAAAUGCUCAAAGCACAUCCCAUGCUUUUUGUAAUUGGGAGUGGCUGUAGUCUAAACUGAUGUUUACUUGACUUGAUCUGCAUCAUGAUUUUUGGAACUUAACAUUGUAAUCACUUUUUUGAUAGGAAGAAUGUAUUUCUCUCUCUAAUUGAGUAUUUGUAUUUAAAUAUUUGACUAGUCCUUUCCCUGGAUUUAAUAUUGAUGUUUGAACAAGUGUUUUUUCCUCAAGAUGAGAAAUGCUUUGAGGUUUAUCACCAUUAUUCCAGCCUUACUGCCUGUGCAAUUUUUUAAAUAUAUAGACUAUCAGGACUGCUCUUAUCCUUGGUGACUAGUCUGUAGAACACUUUUUUUUUUCUCUUUCUCUUCCACACCCGCCCUCCACCCCUGCAAAGGAUUUUGAAAUCUUCCAAGAUUCUCUGGUAAACCACAAAGCUGUCUUUUGUAACAUUUUGCUAUUUAAUAAUUAAACAUAGACUGUCUAACUGA